AUGCGGCAGAGGAAGCAUUCUCCGAGAUCUCAGUGCCUUAUUGUUGUCAGUCUUCCGGAGGCCGAGGCCACCACUGCUCAGGCUCGCCUGGACCACGAAUUGCAGCUGUCGAGGUUGCACAUAAUUACGGUGUUUGAUGGCGACGAGGUGGAACCAGCGGCAUCGAUCAGAGUGAAAGCGGCAUUCAGGCUUGCGAUUGUGGUGGAAGAGAAGACAGACGCUGCUUUCAAACGGCGUCUGUAUGAGCACCUGAAGGGGUUAUGGAGGAACAAACACUUGGAAUCGGACGUUCGACUCAGUGGUGAUAUGGCUUACACGGGCACUCUGCCCUCUGCCCUCAAUCCUGAAGACUGA